AUGUCAAGGGAAGUAUCUCAAACACCAGAUAUUAACAAGUCCGAUAGUCCUGCUACCGAAACAGCAGAUUCUAAAAAACCUGCAAAUUAUAAAAGAAUAUCAGAUGAUGAUCUUUAUAGGCAUUCUUCACAGUUUCGUAUGUGGUCCUUUACAGAAAAGAAUCUAAGAGAAAAGAGAAAAAAAACAAAUGAAAGAGCUAUAGGGACCAUUAAUGAAAAACUAAGAAAAUUUAUUGAAGAUAAUAAAAGUUCACUAACCGAAGAGGAAUUACAAACUUUAAGGGUGAAGGCUUCUCCAUUAUCAAUGGAAGAAGAACUUCAAUUGAUUAAUUUUUAUUCCAAGAAAGUUCAAGUUAUUGCACAACAUUUAAAUUUACCAACUGAAGUGAUAGCGACAUCAAUCACAUUUUUCAGAAGAUUUUUCUUAGAUAAUUCUGUAAUGGAAUUUGAUCCAAAGAAUCUAGUACACACAACUAUUUUUUUAGCUUGUAAAUCUGAAAACUAUUUCAUCAGUGUUGAUUCUUUUGCUAAGAAAGCUAAAUCAAAUAGAGAAGCUAUUUUGAAAUACGAAUUCAAAUUAGUGGAAAGUCUUAAAUUUUCCCUGCUGAACCAUCAUCCAUAUAAACCUCUACAUGGGUUUUUCUUAGAUAUCCAGACUAUCUUAUACGGUAAAGUGGAUUUAAAAUAUAUGGGCCAAAUAUACGAUCGUUGUAAAAAGAAGAUAACAGAUGCAUUACUAACAGAUAUCGUGUAUCUAUUUACACCACCACAAAUUACACUAGCUAUUAUCUCGAUGGAAGAUGAACAACUGAUAAGUAGAUAUUUAGAGUUAAAAUUCGGUAAAGACAUUUCCAAUAAUACUGAUGAUCAGGAGAACGGAGUGAACAAGGAAGUGAAAGAAGUGAACAAAGAAGAGGAAGGGGGGGUUCCAGAGAAAGUAGAUGAUAAACAUGAACCACAAAAUGAUAUAGAACUUAAUAAAUUGUUGACAAUAAUAAGUCAAUGCGUAGACCUCCUUGAGAAGUCAGAAUCUGUUACCACAGAUGAUGCCAAAAGAGUCGCAGCAAAAAAUUAUUAUUGUCAAAAUCCAAGCAUACUUCUACAAAAACUGAAGAGAAAGUUAGAGAGCAGUAAUGAUAAUAAUGGCAAUGAAUCGCCUAGUAAGAAACCAAAAAUCGAGGAAUAA